AUGCGUCUGCUGCAGCUCCGCGAUGGCGAGCUUACUCUAAGCAAUCAUCCGAACGAGGCAGUGCCGGAAUAUGCCAUCCUCUCACAUACCUGGGGGCUCGAUGACGAGGAGGUCACUUUCCAAGACUUGAUGCAGAAGCAAGGUAAAGACAAGAUUGGGUACAAGAAGCUCAUGUUUUGCGGACAACAAGCGAAGCGUGAUGGUCUCGAUUAUUUCUGGGUCGACACUUGCUGUAUCGACAAGGCGAACCAUACUGAGCUCUCGAGGGCCAUCAAUUCCAUGUUUCGCUGGUAUCAUAACGCCGUGCACUGCUACGUGUUCCUUUCAGAUGUAUCGACACAACCAAGUGGCUCGUCGGCCUCGUGGGAACCUCAGUUCCGGCGAAGCAAGUGGUAUCAGAGGGGUUGGACGCUGCAAGAACUUUUGGCUCCUACCUCGGUCAAAUUCUACUCAGUCGAAGGAGAUUUCCUCGGCGACAAGUCCGGCAUGGUGGAUGUGAUCCAUGAUAUCACAAAGAUCAAAGUGACUGCGCUACGUGGAGCCUCUCUUGCCCAAUUCCCGAUCCAUGAACGCAUGAACUGGUCGCGGCGGCGGCAAACAAAAGAAGAAGAGGACAUUGCCUACUGUCUCUUUGGAAUUUUCGAUGUAUUCAUGCCACUCAUAUACGGAGAAGGGGAACAGAACGCAAUGAGCCGACUAGAAGAGGCAAUUGAGAAGCGCACAGGCAGUUCACGGAAGCCAGAUCCACCGGUGCAAAGCCCAGCGUCUCAUCUCAUACUCCCAUUUGGACAAAAUGAGGAUUUUGUUGGGCGAGAAGAGAUUCUCUCCCAGCUGGUGGACAGGAUACUUCCUAGUGCGCGCAAGACCGAUUGUCAAAGAACGGUUCUAGAAGGCCUUGGCGGCGUCGGCAAGACGCAAAUCGCCCUCGAAGCUGCAUAUCGUGUCCACGAACAAGACCCAAAAUGUUCCGUCUUUUGGGUCCCUGCUAUUUCCAUGGUGACCUUUGAGAACGCCUACAGAGAGGUUGGCCGAGCACUUGGUAUACCGGGUCUCGAGGAUAGUCAGACAGGCGUCAAGACACGAGUCAAAUUGGCCCUCGAACAGAGCACCUAUGAAUGGCUCCUGAUUAUUGAUAAUGUUGACGACAUUGCAUUGUUGACACAUGGCGGCUUGCAAGAAUAUCUGCCCUUCCACCGCAAUGGCUCCAUCUUCUUUACAACACGCAAUCAUGAAGUCGCCGUCCAGCUCGACGUCCCUUCGAAGCACAUACAUGCGAUCGGAGAGAUGAAUGAAACCGAAGCACUCAUGCUACUGCAAAACAAUCUCAAGCCUCGACAAUAUCAGGACUGCCCUGAAGCCACGAGAGAACUCGUCCAGAACUUGGUGUAUUUGCCACUGGCCAUCAAACAGGCGUCCGCCUAUUUAUCAAAGACCGGGGAGACCACAAAGGCGUACUUGGAGUAUUGUCUUUCAUCUGACGAGACUCAAGUUGAGCUUCUCAAUGUUGCAUUUGAAGAUCGAUGGCGUUACUCGAAGAACGCAAAUCCCAUCACCACGACAUGGCUUAUAUCAUUCCAGCACCUGGAGCAAACAUAUCCACUGGCUGUUGACUACCUGAAAUUCAUUUGCUUCUUGGCUGAAACGAACAUCCCGAUAUCUCUACUACCGCCAGGAAGCAAUAAAAAAGAAGAGGCAGAGGCUAUUGGGAUCCUGGAAGGUUACGCGUUUAUAAGCAUGCGCGAUCAAGCUCAGUCGUUUGAUAUCCAUCGCUUGGUGCGCUUAGCGACUCGAAACUGGACAAAGGUCGAAUGGGAGAUGCGAUGUACGAAAGCAAUGCAGCGCCUGCACCUGAUUUAUCCUUGGCCAGAGCACGAGAAUCGGCAGGUUUGGAUGAACUACCUACCUCAUGCCCAAACGAUUCUCAUCGAGCAUGACAAGUGUACGGACCAAUUAGCCAUCGCACGCCUUGCUCACCUUGUCGGGAAGAGCUACAUGGACCUUUCAAAGUACAGAGAAUCGGAAAAGAUGUUUCGACAUGCCGUUGAACUAUAUUCAUCUAUGGAAGACCAUACCCUUAAUUCACUUAAUUCGAUGAACUGGCUAGCGAAUACGUUCGUGUUACAGGGGAAACUUCAAGACGCAGAAGACAUCUACCGCGAAUUACUCGAUACCAAGGAGGUACCGCAAAGUUUGCGCAUUAGUCUUCUCAAUAAUCUUGCCUCGGCGUUUCAAGAAAAGGGUAAAUACCAAGAAGCAUUGGAAAUGUAUCAACAGGCGUUGAUGAUGGGAUUGUUUGAGUCAGGCCCGGACGAUCCAGAAGUACUCAGGACCAUGGCUAACAUUGCCGAGAACUUUUCUUAUCAAGGUGAUCAUUGGGGAGCAGAGGAGCGUUUUCGUCAUCUCCUGGGGCGAAGAACAGAAGUGCUUGGCUCUGGGCAUCCAGAGACACUUGACACCUUGUGCGCCUUGGGUGUGCAGCUUGACCGACUAGACAAGUUGGAUGAGGCCGAGGAAAUGCUGCGAGAUUGUGUCCAGGGAUGCAUCUUGGUUCUGGGUCCAGAACAUGCCCAAACAGUGGUCAGCUCCACUUGUCUUGGAGAUGUGCUGCGCUUGCAGGACAGAGACGACGAGGCCGAAGAGAUACUCCGCCAAACAUUGAACAUUUCAAAAACUGCGCUUGGCCCUAGGAGUCCACGGACACUGAAGACCAUGGUUAGCCUCGCGCUUGUGCUCAAUUGUCAAGGGCAAUUUGAGGAGGCAGAGGCGUUACUUCGAGAAGCAUUUGAGCUGAGGAAAGUGGUGCUUGGUGAAGAGCACCCACAAACAUUGGAGGCAGAAGAGUUUCUUCGGCUAAUCACAAAUCCCCAAACCAAAGCUGAUGGGGGUUCUGACUCUGAAGAUUCUGACAAUGGCGGCGUUGUACUAUAG